GCUGUCAGCAGCCGCGUGCUGGAGGUUGCUAGGUUACCCCUAUGGCUAGGAGGCCUACGCGAGCUGAGGCCGGCUUUGCCUUUUCAUACACCUGCAGCCAGGGCAGAAGAAAGAUCGGAGUGGGUGCUGCUCAGCCAUCUUAACUGAGACACGAAAUAACCUUCCUGCGACGCGAGGUAAGGGCGUGGAAGAAGACAGUCCUCGCCGACUCAGGCGCUGGAAAGGAAAAUACAUCUUUUCAAGACUACAAGUUGAAUAUGUAAGGUUAACUUCUUCAGAUCAAGCAACAUGUCUGAUGAAGAUAUUAUCACUACUUUAGCCUAUACCAAGAGCCCAAAGUUCUCCAAAAGAAUCACUUUUCAGGAAGAGCUACAAGAAGCACUUCUUGCUCAUUCAAUAAAUCAGCAGACUGAAGAAUAUUCAGAAGACUUUGAAAGUGAUGAAUACUCAGAAGAGGAAUUUCCUGAAUCCGAGGAAAACGUCUGUCCUAAAUCAGCAGUCUUUACAGUAUCACCAUCUAAGUUUAAUCUUUGUAACAGGGACACUUUAAAAAGUGAAAGUGCCGAUGACUUGUCUUCAUCAGAGGAAUAUGAGGGAUCUCAAUAUGUGUCCAUUCUGGAGAGAAAAGUUUUGAGCAAAGAGAGGGAAACUGUUCCUUUUACACUAACUGAACAUCCUGGAUCAUCUAAAAGGAGUACAGCAAAACAAUCCAUUCCAUUUGAAAUAUCUUUGUCAAAUCACUAUUCUUUUGGAAAACAAACUGUUGGUAACUUGACUUCAGCAAACUAUGAAGAAAUGCCUCAAGAAGCAACCACAUCAGGAAAUAAACAACUGAUCAAAGACACCAAAGAUGACAUAGUUUUUGAAGAAAAAUCUGAUUGUGAAGAAGACCGCAGUCAUAUAGAGGAAACAAUUAGACGUGAAUUGUCAUCAGAGAAAAAGGAUAUGAUCCAGUGUAAAAUGGAAAGCAAACCAGUGCUAGAGCCAAGGGAAUUCAAGACUAAGACCGCAUCAGCAUCAGCUGAAAAUAUAAGCAUUCCUGCAUUGUAUGAUUUUUCAAAGCCAUCUCCUCAACCUAGAAGUAUUUUGAGGAAAAGUAACCAUGUAGAAGACUACGAAGGAACCAAGGCAGAGGGAAGAAUAUCUAAUCACCAUCGGCUGUUUUCAUUAUCUGCACCAUCUUCUGAAACAAGAUUAAAUGAUCAAGUGAUGAAAUCUGAAAGAAGAGCACUUUCUGAAAGUCCUGGUGCUGAGGGCCCCUUGAUUGCAAACUCCUCAUCCUCGUUAUCUAUCCAUUUUUCAUCGGUAAAUGAGAAAACUGGAGAUUCUAAUUUAGCAAUAUCUGGAAAUGAAAUCUCCUCUAAAGAUAAUGAACAUAAAGAAAUUAACUAUUGCCAGGAUCUCAGAUUGCCGGAGAAUGACAGAAAAUCUCCUUCGGUGAUAGAAUUAAUGAUGACCACAGUUUAUGAGAAUACCAAGAAGCAAUAUAAGUCAACUGAACACUUUCUAGAACAAAAAGUGCAGAUGUUAAAACCCAGUGUCAUUGAAGAUAAUUCUAUUGAGACACCAAAAGAUGAUCAAUCAAAACAGGAAGUAGCAUUAACUACUUCAAAAUCUAUAAUGGAUCAUUCAAAGGAUUUUGUAAAGGAAGAGUGUGAAGAGAUAGAGGCAGUUCCACAAAAAGCUAAAAUCAGGUCUUUGAAGAAAACAGGAAAAUACUCUCCUGUCUCAAGAAGUACAUCCGCUCAAUAUUUAGGGACAUUAAAGUUCUUGGACAACAAACAUCUACAAAAAUACAGUGCUGAGCUAGAUAAAGCAGAUAGUUUACGAGCAGCUGUUUACCAGGACUGGUUGGAAAAGAAGAGAAUCUUCCUUUUGGAAUUACAAAGAAUAAAAAGAAACAAAGCUGAGAACUUGCGAGAGAAAAAUGAAAAGAAAGAAGUUGCUAAACGAGAAGAAGCAUUUGCAUCCUUUGAAGCUUGGAAGGCUAUGAAAGAAAAAGAAGCAAAAAAAUUGGCUGAGAAAAAAAAAAUGGAAGCAGCAAAGAAAAAGAAAGAAGCUGAACUAAAUGAGAAGAAAAAGGAAGAGGCACAAAAGGCUUUUGAGAAAUGGAAAAAAAAGAAAGCUGCAUAUUUAAAACAGCAAAUGUAUAAGGAGAAAAGAGUUGAAAGAUUAAAAAAGAAGGAGGAGCAGGAGGUUGUUGCAGAGAAGAGAAAAGACAGCAGAUCCGCAGUUGAAAAAUGGUAUACUUAA